AUGAAACCGCAAGACGCUGCCCUAGCGCGUUUCUAUGUUCUGCCGAAAAUCCACAAGCUGAAUGUUCCCCUACGACCCAUUGUGGCGCUGAAAGGUACGCCUACCUACGGACUGGCUAAAUGGCUCGCAAAGCAUUUAAAGAGGCUGACAGACGGCUCAGAACACACAGCCGUAUCUUCAACACACUUCCUGGAAAAACUCAAAGGGGUUGUAAUAGCCCCCGACGAGGUAAUGGUAUCCUUUGACGUCGUCUCUCUAUUCACCUCCAUCCCAAAAGAAUUGGCCAUGAAAGUCAUCAAUGACCUACUGGAGAGAAAGUACGACGAAGAGGGGAAACCGUUUAAGCGGAAGCACGUGAUGGAACUAUUGGACUACUGCCUACGCACGUACUUCACUUUUAAUGGUCAAAUUUACGACCAAAUCCAGGGAACCCCAAUGGGGUCUCCGAUUUCCGGCUAUCUGGCUGAGGCGGUCAUGCAGGAACUGGAAGCUCGAGUCUUUCAGUCCUACAAGCCGAAGUUCUGGAUGCGCUACGUAGACGACACCUUUGUCAUUUUACACCGGGACGCGAAAGACAACUUUAAAAGGCAACUGAACUCGGUCUUCCCACAAAUUCAAUUUACCAUGUAG